GUUCCCCAGGCAGCUGUCGCCCCGCGCCAUGCGAGUCCUCGGGCCAAGCCUGACAGUGCGGCGCCUCCUCCGUCUUCGGCUUCCCCCGCGGCCGCCGCGGCCGCCGGGACCCCGGCUGUCGAGUGGACGGCCGGCGGCGACCGGCGCCCUGGAGCGGGCCAUGGACGAGCUCUCGCCUUGCGCCCAGGAAAUGAACGGGGUGCUGAAAAACAUGCUCUCAGAAUGGUUUUCUUCUGGGUUCCUGAAAUUGGAGCGGGUCACCUGGCAUUCGCCGUGCGAAGUGCUCCAGAAAAUCAGUGAGUCUGAGGCUGUGCACCCCGUGAAAACCUGGAUGGACAUGAAGCGCCGCGUCGGGCCCUACAGGAGGUGUUACUUCUUCUCUCACUGCUCCACCCCUGGGGAGCCCCUGAUCGUUCUGCACGUGGCACUGACCAGCGAGAUCUCCAGCAGCAUCCAGGCGAUCAUUGUGAAGGAGUGUCCCCUGUCGGAAACUGAGGAGCAGAACAGGAUCACCACAGCCAUCUUCUACUCCAUCAGCCUGACCCAGCAGGGGCUGCAGGGCGUGGAGCUGGGCACCUUCCUCAUCAAGCGGGUGGUCAAGGAGCUGCAGAAAGAGUUUCCUCACCUUGGGACGUUUUCAAGUCUGUCUCCUAUCCCCGGAUUCACCAAAUGGCUCCUGGGGCUCCUGAAGUCGAAAGCCAAGGAGCACGGGAGGAGCGAACUGUUCACCGAUUCUGAGUGUAAGGAAAUCUCUGAGAUCACAGGGGGCCCCGUUCACGAGACUCUCAAGGCCUUCCUGAGCAGCAGCGAGUGGGUGAAGUCCGAGAGGCUGGUCCGGGCGCUGCAGGCCCCCUUGAUGAGGCUCUGCGCCUGGUACCUGUACGGAGAGAAGCACCGAGGCUACGCCCUGAACCCUGUGGCCAACUUCCACCUGCAGAACGGCGCCGUGAUGUGGCGCAUCAACUGGAUGGCAGACGUCAGCCUCAGGGGCAUCACCGGCUCGUGCAGCCUCAUGGUCAAUUACCGCUACUUCCUGGACCAGACAGCCGCCAACAGCACUGCCUACCUCGGCUCCAAGAACAUCAAGGCUUCAGAGCAGGUCCUCAGCUUGGUAGCCCAAUUUCAGAAGAACAGCAAACUCUAAUGUACCCUUUCCCAAAGCAGACACCCCAGCUGGGAAAAGGAUAAUUUUCUGGAUGAUCGGGGGCAGGGUCAUGUAUCCAAAGGAGCUAUUAGAGUAAAGCAGAGUUAAACUGUGGUCUCUGGCCUGCGGCAGGGUCACACCCAGCGGCCAUGCCCUGACUUUGAUUGCAAACAAGGGAUGGUGUGGGACCUGAAGCAGGGUGGUGGUGGUGGGUGCUGGGGGAUGCAGGCUGGGUGGGGACAUGGGGCUCUCUCCAGAAGAUUCCAUCGUGGCUUUUGGCCUGGCUCCCUGCCCUGGGACAGUCUUCAGAACCUGUAGAGCCUCUGUCAGUGCCCGUCCCAGGGUGGAUGGGUCAGCCUCACUGGGACCCGGGCAGACAGCCCAGAUGAGAUUUUCCUUUGAGCUUAGAACAUAAUUCAGCCGUGGUCACUUUAGCCAUUUCUCUCCACUCACUGCAAAUGGGUCAAGGGAUGCUCUACGUUUCACUAGUUUAAUUUCAGUGUUCAUGAAUGUAUAAAAAGGUUUGUGACUUUGCACAAACUGUGCUAAUUUAAAUCACUGGAUAUAAGAGUUGUUGUCACCUGGGGCUUAAAUUGGAUUAUAGACUUGAUGGUUACAGUGAUUCAAGUUCAUAAUGAACUGAAUGGCGAAGAACAAGUUUGUUCUGUGAAACAUUAAACAUAUGGUUCUUUACGAUCA